AUGUCUGAAGAUAACUCAACAAAGGGAACUGAUGAUUCUAGAUUUUCUGGUAUCUAUAAUGAUCCAAAGUUUAGAAAAACCAAGAAUAAAAACUUGAAGAUUAAAUUAGAUGAGAGAUUUAGUAAGAAGGAUUUGGAAAUUAGGCGCAAGGCUAAAGUUGAUAAAUAUGGUAGAAAGAUCCACGAAGACAAUGAUAUGAAUAAUAAGGAAUUGAAAGAUUUCGAUAAGUAUUUCGAAAAGGAGGGAGAAUCAGCGGAUGAAAAGAAAGAAGAAGAGGAGAUUGAAACUGUUACUGUUGAUCGUGCCCGUGGAGAAGUGCCAGCAGAUUACGUUAGUUCAUCAGACGAAUAUACCUCAUCUGAAUCAGAAGAUUCUGGUGAGAGUGACCUUGAAAGUGAAGGUGAAUCAGAAAUCGAAGUGGACGAAGCCACACCAGAAACAGGUGAUGCCACUAAGACAUUAGCAGUUGUUAAUCUAGAUUGGGAUCAUGUUAGAUCUUCAGAUUUGAUGAUAACAUUUUCAGGGUUUUUACCAAAGGGUGGUAAAAUAGAAAAAAUUGUGGUUUUACCAAGUGAAUUUGGUAAAGAAAGAAUGCAACGUGAAGAGACCGAAGGUCCACCAAGAGAACUUUUCCAGAAGAAGAAGAAAAAAGGUAAGAGGGCUUCUGUUGAAAGUGACUCUGAUGAUUCCGAUGUUGACAUUAAAGAUUUGUAUGAAGAAGGGGAUGCUGAUAAAGAUGUGGAUACCAGAGCAUUACGUCAAUAUCAACUGGAACGUUUAAGAUAUUAUUACGCUGUUGUGUACUGCAAUAGUGUCGAAGCCGCCCGUGCGAUUUACGAGAAUUGUGAUGGUACUGAAUAUGAAUCUACUGCAAAUAUGUUUGAUUUAAGAUAUGUUCCAGAUGGCAUGGAUUUCGAUGAUGAACCAAGAGAUCAAUGUUCUAGCCUACCUAAGAAUUAUAAACCACAUCAAUUUAGUACAGAUGCCUUGCAACACUCGAAUGUUAAAUUGACAUGGGAUGAAACGCCAGCAGAAAGAGUAGAAGUGGCCAAGAGAGCAUUUACCCAAAAAGAGAUAGAAGAUAUGGACUUCAAAGCUUACCUUGCUUCGGAUAGUGAUGGCUCUGAAGAUGAAGUAAACCAGGAUGCUAAGAAUAAAUUAAAAUCUCUUGUUGGGGACUCUCUUAGAAUUGGUAAUCAACCAAUAUUUGGUUCCAAAGAUACAUUGGAAGGGGAAGAUGAGGAGGUCGAUAUGGAAAUUACAUUUGAUCCUGGUCUAAGUGAAGGAGUUGAAAAAACUGAGGAACAUGAAGAAACGACUAUAGAGAAAGUAGCAAGAAAGGAGAAGGAACGUCGUAAAGCAAGAAAACAAAAAUUGAAGGAGCUGAAAAAUAAUGCACAAAAGGAAAAGAAAGAUAAGCUGAAAUCUUUGAAGGGGAAGAAGCAUAACGAUUCCACUGAGGGAGAUGCAAGCACUGCUAAAUCUAAGGCCGAACUAGAAUUGUUGAUGAUGGAUGAUGAAGAUGAUACUGAAACUGGUAUAAAUAAAAAGGCACACUUUAACAUGAAGGAAAUUUUAAGAUCUGAGAAAGAGAAGAGUAAGAAGGGCAAAUAUCAGGAUAAGAGAAGAAUCGUUGAGGAUAACUUUAAGCCAGAUUUGAACGAUCCAAGAUUCAAAGAAGUCUUUGAAGAUCAUGAUUUUGCAAUUGAUCCAUCCAGACCAGAAUUUAAGGAAACGCCAGCAAUGAAGGAGAUUUUGAAGGAGCGUAGUAAACGUUCAAGUAAGAACGCUCAAAAAAAGAAAAGAAGCCAUUCAUUGAUGGACAAUCAAGCAAAUGAAACCAGCGAUAUUUCGAACAUAGUAUCCAAAUUAAAAAAGAAGGGUGGGAAGGGUCCAAAGAAAAGUAGAUACAAUAAUUGA